GGCAGUCGACAGCCGGCAGCGGGCGAGAGCGCAAGCCCAGCGCGAGUGAGACAUGACUGCCAGCUCCGCCGAGGCCUUCUCCCCUUCGCAGGGGGGCAUCGGAUGCUUCAACAGCGCACUGCUUAAGGAUGAUCAGCACAAAUUUUGGACCACCGAGGUCAUGGCGGCCGCCUCCACCUGCGGCUUCUGGGAGGACGACCCCGAGAUGGAAGUUAAAAAGAAAGUCAACGAACUGAAGCGAAAGUUCCACAGCGGAAGGCAGCUGCUGAUAAAACAUCUGCCGCGAGAUGUAACCGAGGAGGAGAUCCGCGAGCUGCUGUCGGAGCUGCCGGUGUCCUCGGUGCAGCUGCAGAGCGGGCUGGGCUCCGGUGUGGCGCGCGCCUCGCUGGACGAGCCGGACCUGCUGGAGGAUUGGGAGCGCGAGCGCGUCUUCCUGCUGCGGGGGCAGCGCGUGCCCGUCGCGCCCACACCCACCGAGAUGAUGCUCUGCGUCGCCAGGCUCCCCCUGCACUACACCGACGCCCAGUUCCACGCGCUCGUCGCCGCCUACGGGGACGUGCGCCGCAGCUUCCUCAUGAUCAGCGAGAAGACCGGUGAAACAAAGGGCUAUGGAUUUGUUGAAUACAGCACAAAGGAAGCUGCAAUGCAAGCAAAAAAUAUGCUUGAUGGGAAAGAAGUGGACAGCUGGGUAUUAUGUUGUGACUGGUUGGACUCAAGUCAUGUCACAUUCGAGUCCCUCCACUCGAAGUGCCUAUAUGUGGACAGACUGCCCAAAGACUUCAGAGACAUGGGGGAAUUUCGGAAGAUAUUCAGCUCUGUAGUGAGCCCUCCAUAUUGUCAGAUUGCCCUUAAAAAUGGGUGUCCCCAGGACUGGGGAUUGGUUGAGUAUAGUACUAGUGAAGAUGCAGAAGCAGCACAGGUUUCUCUCAACGGGUACAAUCUGAGAGGACAGUGCAUCAGAAUAAGUUACUACAUCCCCGGUGUUCGUGCUAUAAAUCUUUAUCUAAAGCUGCUUAACGAAUCAGUAAACAGAGGCAAGGCUACUGGGUUAUUACCAGACCCACCUGCUCCAGCAGUAUUUCAACAGCUGCAGAACUUGGCAAAACAAAACCCUGUGUUUGCACAGUCACUGCAAAACAUAAUAUGGACACAAAUUCAGGCUCUCCAAAAUGGCAGUGAGGCUGGCAAAAAGCCGGCAGGAGGAAAUACGACAAGCAAAGGGAAGGCAGCACAGAGUGGUGCUCAAUCCCCAGCACCGGAAAAUGCACAUGCAGCUCUUGUUAUUCUACUAGCAGCUCAGAUGCAGGCACAGAUGGGCAGCAGUCAGCCUUCACUUCUUGGAAACCCACAAAUGCUUGCUACAUUACAAAACUUAAUAAAGCGUGGGCCCCCACCACCACCCCCUCCCCCUCCUCCACCACCUCCUCCUCCCUCAGGUAGUGCUUCAGCAAUACCUAUUGUACCUCCUCCUAUGCCACACUAUCCACCACAGUUUGCCCCUGGCACCCCACAGCUGCCAAAAAAUGGUUAUCUAAAGCCUGGACAACCACAAAAGCAGUUACCUCUUCUUCCCAAUCCAUCAAGUGGAAUGAGCCCACCACCAGCAGAGGUAGCUCCACACCAAGUCUUAGAAGAUAUGGACCAAAUGAGCAUAUGGAAUGGUCUUUUAGGGCAAUUACAGGCACAACCACAACCUGCUGUUGGGUUAGUGGAUCCUACAGGCAUUUAUGAAAUGAAAGCUCCUUUGCAUACAGAGAAAACUCAAUUUGUUACACCAGGGAAACUACCAAUGAAGCAAAAUGGUAGCAUGAUAGGCUUUACCGAAGCUGUACCGGGUGAUUUACAGCAAACCAUUAACACAAUAUUAAGCAAUGCACAAAAUCUCAAUCAGCUUCUGGGAACACUGACCAAUGCAGUACAAACAGGUAAUGGAACAACAGGGAUUCCAGUUGUUCCUCCACCAGGACCUUUCCCAUUUGUGGGAGUACCAAAUAUUCAAAACCAUUUAGCACAGGAUCCAAGCUGGGCUAUAUCUGUAGCCCCUGUUCCUACUAGUCAUCCUACACCAACAAUGAGUGUAUCUUCUGCACAGACUGGGCGGACACUACUGAGCAGUCCAAUCCCAAGUGUACGGCCAUCUAUAAUAAGUACUCCUGUUGGCCCUGGCCAGCCUAUAAUAGGUAGCCCUGUUUCAGUUCCUGCUCCAAAACCUGUAGGUUUCUUGGAAGUAAAACCUAAUCAAUUAAGGCAAUCACCAUAUCAGAAUGGUUGGGGUCCAGGAACAUUCCUAGCCCCUGCUGCAGCUGUUCCAGCACCGGCCCCUCAAUUUGGAAGUUUCCCAACUUCAGGUUUUGUGUCAGGACUGUGGUCUCACCCAGGGAGUCCAGUAGUGAUAGCAUCACCACCGUCUGGGCUUUCAACACCCGUUGGACAGAAAAGAAAAUACAAUAGGCUUUUGCCAUCCCCAGAACCAAGUCCAGAGGGUAACUACAUUGGUCAGCAUUCUCAAGGUUUGGGUGGUCAUUAUGCUGACUCUUACUUUAAGAGAAAGAAGAAGAAUUAAAAUGUAUUUUUAUUACUGAAAUACAUGUAAGAUCUACAACUUGAGGUUGAGAUCUGUCUUUUUCAUUUCCACGGUUUAGCCUAUGAAUCUGCAAUGGGGAUUGGCACAUCCCCAGAUGAGCACUGAGUUCAUUCCAUUGCUACAGGAUUGGAUUUCUUAUCUCCCAAAUAAUGUGCAGCUUAAAAGUGCCUUUCAUUUGUGAUGCAAUUAGUAAUUGUUUAUUUAUUUUAAUGUGGAUGUGAAUAUCAUUUAUGUUGCAAGUUGUGUAACGAAUGAUAGUAUGAAAUUAAUAUUUUUUUGCAAAGAGUUUGUAAUUUUUUAGAUUACAUCUCUUGAAGAAGUAUGUGCACUAAAGGACUUUAUUAGUCUUUAAUCUUCUUGUUUGACUGUCACAUCUUCUUCUGUUCAUAUUCUUCAUUUCAUAAUAAUUCUCCUGCUUAUCCUACAAAGUAAAGCAGUUAUGCACUGUGGACACUUCUCUCCCUGUCUAUACUUCUGUCUGCAAUUGUGUAAGAGUAUGCUUGUGAAAAGUACGCUCUGGUUUUUGGUUGUAAAUAUCUUCGUUUUACCUCAAUAUAAUGGUGCCUGUAAUACCUAUGAGCUAGUUUUAGUUACAAAUUUUAUAUUAUCUCCUCUUAUUUUAAAAUAUGUGUAUGGUGGGUGUGUAAUCAGACAUACAUAGCUGCUAGGUAAUGCAUAGCUGUAUGUGCUUGCUUUAAGUGUAAAUUUUUAGUUUUGAUAAUGUUUUCAAUACACUGAUCGUUGAUUUUGUAUAAAAAUACUACAUUAUAAGCCAUGAAGGCUGUUGGCUUUCCUACAGAUCAUCAUACAAACCUAUUUUUGUAGAAAUUUCAAAAGAAUUUAUUGCUGAAGAAGAGCAUUUAUUUUAUUAACCAGAAUGAAAACCAUUAAUGGAAUGGAAGCUUUUAGAAUUUGUUGUUCAUGUGCUAUUGUGCAGUUAUAUUUUUUCGUAUAUUCUCGGCAAAAUAAAAAACCAUAAUAAAUGGUUUUCCAUUACAAGAACAAUUUGUAUGUCUUUUAAUAUUCAGCUUGAUGCAUAUAAAAAGAAUAUUUUAUCCGUAAUAUCAAAGUAUUUUGAGACUGUUGUGUACAAUGUUUAAUGUUAAUAUUUAUGUGUAAUGACAGUUUAUGCACAGUCAGUAAUUUAUGAAUAUCCUAUUUAACUGUUUAAAUAAGCCAACUUAUGAUGCAUCUAUUUCAGUAAAAAUUUCUUUAUUUCUUAUUUUGUUCCUUCUUUUUAAAUAAAUUUUUGUUCAGAUUCUUAUGAACUAUGAUGUGUGAAGUAUUUUUGUGUGGAAAGCAUAUAGAGUGUAAAUAUAUACAUAAAAACUAUACAUACACACACACACACACACACACACACACACACACACACACACACACACACACAAUGAAACAGGAAACCUUAUUAACUGAGAAAUCCUUCAUAUGGCACAGGGAAGUCAUUAAAGCCAAAGGCAUUUGCUGAACUAUUUUCAUUGCACGUACAAAGAUAAGCUCAUUUGAGCUGUUGACCAUUCUUCAAGACUGAUAUUUUGAAAAGGUGGUUUUCUAUUAGUGGAAUUUAAUGUAUUUUGGACCUUGAAUAAUUUUCCAAAACAGUUUGUCUGAAAUAAACUGAAAAGAUGGGUAAACAAGGUUUACACAGAGAUCUCCAACUUAAAAAUAUUAUCAGCCAUUUAAAACUUAUUUUUACCCUUUUCAAAUUUAGAGACAAAAGAAUGGCAAAUUAUUGAAAUAAAUUGUAAGCCAUUUUUUUUUAAAAAAAAUGGCAAACAUAAUUAGAGAUUGAAAUGUACCACAGUCACUUGACUUUCUACUAAUACUGUUCCAUUACAGAUUUAUUUUUAAGUGAAGAGAAUGCCCUCAUCAGGAAAAUAAUAUUCUGAAGGCAUCUGUUUUCUCAUAUUUCUUGUCGCAUUUGUUUUUCCACUUAGACUGUUACAUGGCAUUUUCAGAGAUUUGUCGUUAUGUAAACGUAGUUGUAUGUGACUUUUUGAUAUGAUUUAUCCUGAACUUUCAAGGAAAUCUCAGUUAAUAAGGGGUUUCUACAAUUUUCUGUAUGAGAUUUAUAAAUUUCCUUUAAAAAGGAAAUGAUUUUGAUUCUUUGUUAUGAGCAAAUAAGUGUGGUGAUAUUCAAUGUGUUUUUGCUGUAUCCAGCAUUAUCUGUGUAACACAUUAGUGCUUAAUAUUUUAGAAAAUGAUGUAGCUCAAUUAUUUAUUGUUUUUCUCAUUCUUAUUAUAUCUGUCAUUUAGCAAUGUGCUGAAUCUCAAUAAAAGUACUUGCAGUAACA